UGUUAGUCCAGUCCGUACCUUGUUGCUUUUGAUAAUGGGGAUUCGGAGAGGUUUCUCACCGAAAUGAUUGUCCACAGCGGAGAGUGGUAUUGAUGCAGAGCUCAGUCAAACUUAUUGGCAGCUUUCGCCAUUCAGAAAAAGCACCAAUUGACAUAGCGACGAGGAUAUCAAUAAGCCCAGGGUCAUUCAUGGUCGUCGCUACGGUGGAUUCUACGUCCCUGAGCCGUGUUGCCACCUACAGCACGUGACUUUUGAUCUGGCUGGCAUAAUCGCGCCAAGCCCUUUUCAGCGGUCGACGGCUCUUUCUUCCAUGCCUAUUUUUCAACUUUUUAUAUCGGCAGCGCGCUGAGCAACCAUCCACUACCAAACCAUUGCUAGCCAUUGCCUUCUGUUCAGUCUCGGAGCAGUACAAAUCAGCGCCAGGUGCCUGAUAUUUCCAAGCUACAUUGUGGGUUCUGCCUUGACUUGGACAUCCUUCCACCUGUGCUCGGUCGAAUUGAACAAGAUGAACGGGGAUAGCUACGUAACUAGAGACUCUGGGCGAUCGCGAGACUAUUACGGUGGCGCUCGCUCUGAUCGAGAGGAUAGAAAAGACCGUAGUGAUCGCAGUAGCCGUGGCGAUCGUAGUGAUAGACGGGAGAGAGAAAGAAGAAGAUCAAGAUCUCCUCAACAUGGGUCGAGGUCGGGGCGGCGCGAGCAGGAACCGGACUUGUACUCUUCCAGUCGUGACUAUCGCGCAAGAGAGCGGGAGGACAGAUAUUCAGGUCGAAGGGAUGAGAGAGAAUGGGAUAGAGACCGAAGCGAGAGACGACGUGAUCAUAGAAGAGACGAUGAUGAGAGAUCUCGACGUGACAGAGACAUGCCUGAUGACCGGUCGCGAGGAGGUAGAGGUCGAGAUCGCGAUGCUUUGGGCGGGGGUAGGGAGCGGAAGAGAAGUGCGAGCCCACCGCCAAAGAAGAGAGAACCCACGCCAGAUUUGACGGACGUUGUUCCGAUUCUUGAGCGGAAACGUCGACUGACGCAGUGGGAUAUCAAACCGCCUGGUUAUGAACAUGUAACGGCAGAGCAGGCGAAGCUCUCCGGCAUGUUUCCUCUUCCAGGUGCACCGCGGCAGCAGGCAGUCGACCCCAGCCGGCUGCAAGCUUUCAUUCACCCACCUACUACCAUUACUGCUCCUGGUUCAUCUACUAACACUGUCCUAAAACCCUCAAACUCUCGCCAAGCGAAGCGUCUUUUUGUUCAUAAUCUCCCGCCAUCGGCUACAGAGGAGAGAUUGGUGCAGUUCUUCAAUCUCCAACUGAAUGGUCUUAAUGUCAUCAAAGGGGUCGAUCCAUGCUUGUCCGCGCAACUAUCCAGAGAUAAGACUUUCGCUCUACUUGAGUUCCGAAAUGCUGCGGAUACUACUGUUGCACUGGCUUUUGAUGGUAUUACAAUGGAGGAUAGUGGCGAAAUGGAUACAUCGAACGGAGAUGUCGACGGGCCAAGCCAAGGACUCUCAAUACGUCGACCUAAGGAUUACAUACUUCCAUCUGCAGUGGAAGAGGAGCCCCAGCAGGAGGGCGUUGUAUCCAACGUAGUCCCUGAUUCCCCGAACAAGAUAUGUGUCUCGAAUAUUCCACCAUUUAUUGAGGAAGAACCAGUCACUAUGCUCCUUGUUUCUUUCGGAGAACUUAAGUCGUUUAUCCUUGUAAAAGAUAGCGAGACGGGCGAAUCUAGGGGAAUUGCGUUUUGCGAGUACCUUGAUCCGACGUCGACAGAAAUCGCUGUUGAAAAUUUGAAUGGCAUGGAACUCGGGAACAAGAGACUCAAAGUGGUCCGUGCAAGUGUUGGAACCACACAAGCUGCUGGCCUCGACAUGGGCGUUAAUGCCAUGUCCAUGUAUGCCAAAACAACUUCUCAGGACAUUGAAGCUAGUCGUGUUCUUCAGUUGUUGAACAUGGUAACGACUGAAGAGCUAAUGGACAACGAUGAUUAUGAAGAAAUAUGCGAUGAUGUUCGUGAUGAGUGCUCAAAAUACGGGGAAGUCGUGGAGCUAAAGGUCCCAAGACCAACGGGGAAUAACAAACAAUCAGCGGGCGUUGGCAAAAUAUAUGUUGAAUUUGAUAAUAGCGAGUCUGCCACGAAAGCGCUAAAGGCGCUUGCGGGGAGGAAAUUUCAGGAUCGAACCGUUGUGACCACAUACUUUUCAGAGGAAAAUUUCGAAGUCAAUGCAUGGUAAUCGACGUAGCAGGGGAAAUUGAGAAUUCUUGGACUUGUCUUCAUUUCCAUCGCAACUCCAGCAAACCCGCAACUUCGUUUAGGAACUAGCUUUCCUUACCACAUAUUUUCUCGGACGGCGUCCUUCUUUCCCAUUUCCUCUUUAACUUAUUUUGUUCCCUUCGCACCCAUCUCGGCGCAAGUUCCUUCGUCAAAUACAAACAGCAGCUGGCUGGAACACUUGGCAUGCGCAAUUUCACUGUAACAUAACUCAAUAUUGUAAGAUCCUUUUUCCCAAAAUCUCUUUAUAAUUCUUCUGUCAUUUGUGAAGUAUCAUGGGCUGGGUGGAUAAUCAAGGCGAAAUAAUUAUGAUAUGGUCUCUCAUUUAUAUCUUUAUAUGUUCUUUAUUUUACACUGUACUUUUUAAAGGCCAAUUUUGACCACUCAAUUUAACUCAAGAGUACAUGAUAAUAUGCGACUCUCGCCAGAGCGACAUACAUAAAAAAAGGGGCGAAACACUCUCGGCUUUCCUCUUGCAAAAGCCACCAUGAAGUGGAUAUUAUAGGAGUGAUAUUCAUUGACACUAUUCAACAAGAGAAUGUACCCAGGUGGAUUCUCUAUUAUCAGAGAAUAAACUAGCACUAGCAUAUGCAGCAGACUGCUUAUCUGAGAUAGUAUACACUCAUUACAUUGAAUUUCUCUUCAUGCACAAACAGGUAAGAUUAAGUAUUAAUCUAGCUAUUCUAUUCUAAAAUAUAACUGAAA